AUGGAGAAUAUCCUCAAGCCAAUUUCACCUAAUAAGUCGUCCGGGAGACACUUUUCCUUGAAGAAUGAUACAAUGGAUGAAAACUUCAAGCAAGUGUUUGAUCAGCUAUAUAAUAUUGAGGUAGCCUCGAAACAAAGUCAAGUGGAUUUAUCACAAUUAGUUGAUAGACUGAAGAAUAACAAUGAGAACCUUAAGAAACUCUUGGAAAGUUUAGUCAAUUCCAACAUAAAUGCCAGAGAUAUCAUUGAUCCUAUAAUUGAUGAAUUGAAAGAAUUACAUCUCGACCAUAAAUCACAAAGUCUUUUAUCGGAUAUCUUAACUAGAUUGAAUAGUGAGAAUAAUAAGGAAGAUUUGAGAGCUUUACUUAUCGAAAUCAGAGAUAAACAGCAUAUUAUAACGAAGACCAAUGAUUUAGAGAGAAACUAUGACACUUUGCAAUCGAAAUAUACCAAGCUAGAGGAGAAAUAUCAACAAUUGUGUAAAAUGUAUGAUAGUAAGUAUGAAAACUUGAAAGAUUUAAGAUCUCAAUAUGAUGAGUUAUUGAACGAUUGUAAAGAGAAUGUUCAGCCUGAUUAUAAGAAAUUAGAUAAUAUCCAGCAAUUGCAUGAUCUUAAAUUGAGGUCGGGGAAGAAAACAGUUGAAAAGAAAAGGAUCGUAAGUACAAAUAUAUAA